AUGCUGAAAUUAUACUUACUAUGUUCUGUGAGCGUUGUUUUGGUAUCAAACCAGCAUUUACAAAAUUCUUAUCAACAACCAGUCAGCAGUAAACAGCAGAUAUCACCUGAACGAUUCUGCGAGCGUUAUGUUGAAUGUGUAGCAGUAUCGACGCUUGAAGAGAGACUAUGCUUAGGGAAUACUGAAUUACGUCCUUUUUGGUUACCUAACUUGAAUGAUCAAACUGACUGCCAUGAAAAAUUACGAAACGAUUACAUUACUUUAGAAAGGAUGGAAGAGAAGCUCGAUCAGGAGCUGCUCUCGUGUCUACUACAAAAUACAGCACCAUUCUCGGCCGAAGCAGCCAACACAUGCAAUAGGGAUGCAUAUCGAUCGGCUGCGACAUUCGAUUUUGCGCGAAGCAUUUUCCAUGUGCCCACGCAAUGUUUUACUAGUGUCGAAAGGCGCAUAGCUAGGCAAUGUGGGCAAGUGAAAAGCUGCUGUUCGGCUGUGUCCAGGUGA